GAACGAAUUUGUCUAUCAAGCGCUACUAAUCUGCUUCAGAUUUACAUUCUUGAUUUUGGCAUUGCUCGGAAGAUAACCAACUUGAAGGGAGAGCUGAAAACUCCUCGUAUGUCAGUAAGGUUUAAGGGUACGAUCAGAUUUGCUUCUAUCUCAUGCCACAAGAAUUGUGAAAUGGGCCCUAAGGAUGAUUGCGAAUCUUGGUUUUACUUACUCCUUGACAUUGCCGUACCUAAAGGCAAUGCUUACUUACCUGAUAAGGAAGCUGCACUGGGAUGUAUGAAAUGCAAAGAAGAGCUUGGCAAAGUGUUAGAUUAUAUUGACAGCCUCAAAUAUCAUGACCAUGUUGAUUAUGACUUCAUAUACAAAAUUCUUACGGAGUCAGCAAAAAUUGAAGGAGGAGACAUUAACGAACCGUACGAUUGGGAAGUACCUGAAAAACCACCCUCUCCUAACGUCUCGAAGUCAACGGCAACUACACAACCCCAUUAA